AAACAGUCUUGAUUGCUCGCAGCAUUUGUCACAAUAUGCUAAUUGUUCGCUAUCUAAUCGCCUUGGUCUUUUCCAUUUUCAUGGUGGCCACAUCUCUAAAGAUCGAGGAGCGCUACCGGCGGUGCAAUGGCUACAAGAUAUCCACUCCGGAUCGAUUGGUCAUCAAAAUGGAACGACGCGGCGGAAAGUGUCCAACCAAGUUCCUAGAAAGGAGGCGUCUAAAAGUUUAAGAUAUCGAAUAAAGGAUCCUAAAGCCGAAAAUCAGUGAUGGAAAAUUAAAGCCUCAGAGGCAAUUUACCAAUGUAUCAAAUUCAGUCAAGUGAAAUUUAAAAAUAUAAUUUGAGUUUACUGAGAUCACCUGCUAAGCAAAAUUAAACAAAAACUUAAAAAGAGGCACAAUGAGUGUUUUUUAAAAAUUUAACUAUGACAAAUUUUAAACUAGUGAUUGGC